AUGUUAACUCAAAGCUAAUAGCAUUAGUUUGAUUUUAAAACUAGAUAAACUUCACACAUAGGUACUUAUACUCUACUCCUCAAUUAAUUCAUAAAUCUUUAUAAUUCAACCAAAUUAUAGAUUAUUGUUAUUUAGAUUUUAAUUCGUUAAAACCACCGAGACAUCCUUAAGGAGAAAAUUAACUAGAAUAGCAUAGGUAUAUAAAUUAAAAUAGUAAAAGAACCUAGAAGCCUCUCUUAUAAAAAAGAUAUAAAAUGACUGCAGAUGAGACAGAAUAAAGAAAUCAUAAAAUUUCAUUACCGUCAUUAGCUAAAAUAAGAAAGGCAGAAUUUAAUUCUAUGGAGAAUAGUAAUUAUGGAAUUAAAUUAGUCGAAUAACCGAUCUCAAUACUUGAUUAAGGAAAUGGAUAACGAAUUCAAAAUCGGUUACCUAAACUGGAAAAUAGAAAUGAAAUUUCUAAAUCUAAAUAUGAAAUUUAAUUGAACCAAACUCCAAGAGAUGAGGAGUAGAAGAAACAAAAGUAGAAAUAGAAGAAAACAUCGUUUACACCUGAAUAAAGAAUAUCUGAAAGUCCUGAAAAGAAUGUUUCAUAUCAUAAAAAGAAAGGAGGAGUAAAAUAAUGGCAAGGAUUUAAAUUUGUUCAUAAAACCAAAGCUGGUUGCUAGGUCAAUAAAUAAACAAAGACAAAUUAGGAUUCAGCAAUCGUCUUCCCAUUGAAUAUUGAGAGGUACAAAUGAGCAGUAAUUUAGAAAAGUUAAAAUUGUGGAUUAAUUGGAAUUUGUGAUGGCCACGGAGUAAAUGGACAUUUUGUCUCAGACAUUAUCAAAUAAAGAUUACCAAGUAUAUGAAGUGACUCAAAUUAGUCUAUUUGGAGUUCUAAUUAUAGUCAUAAAAUCCAGAUAUGGAAGAAUGCUUUAAAAAUGCCUUUGAAUUAACAAAUUCAGAGAUUCUUUAGAGUUCAUUUGAUACAGCACUAUCUGGGUCAACUACAGUCAUAGCUAUGAUUCAAUAAAACCAAUUAUGGACAGCCAAUGUCGGAGAUUCCAGAGCUAUAUUGUGUAGAAAUUGCAAUGGUUGGAGAUCAAUACCAUUAACCAGAGAUCAUAAACCAUCAGAUGAAUCCGAAAAGCAAAGAAUUCUUUAAGCUGGUGGAAGAAUUCAAACUUCAAGAGGUGAUUUACAAAUAAUGAGAUAUUAUAGAUUUCUUUGGAAAUAAUGUGGGUCCGGAAAGAGUUUGGCUCUCUUAUAUUGAUGCUCCUGGUUUGGCCAUGACUCGAAGUAUGGGAGAUAAAAUAGGAGCUUAAGCUGGAGUCAGUAGUGUUCCUGAAGUGUUUCAAUUCACCUUGUCAUAAAAUGAUAAGUUCCUUGUUAUUGCUUCUGAUGGAGUGUGGGAGUAUUUAUCAAAUGAGGAAGUAAGGAUUGAAUUAUCUACUCGCAAUAGGUCAUGGAUAUCGUGGUUCCUUAUUAUGAAAAGGGAGAACUCGAGUAGGCAGGGGAGAAAUUAAUGAUGGAAGCAAUAAACUCUUGGAAGUUGAACAGUCCUGGAAGAGAUGAUAUAACUUUUAUUAUUGUAUAAUUAAAUAAUUGAAUUUAGUAAUUAUGUGUGGUAAAAUUAAUUUAUUAAUUGUUUAUUGACAUGUCAUUACAUUUCCAAUACCUAGGCUAAGGAUUGAGCAGCCAAAAAACUAUGGAAUUAUUACAAAAGCAUUGUUCAUCUAAGUACAAUUGUGAAUUCUAACUCAAGUGAUCAUAACAAAAUUGCUGAUUUCGGUGCUGUUUUUGAUGAUUUAUUGGAGUAACACAAAUACAAAGAUUUAAUUGUAUCAACUCUUGAGAUUAUCAAUUUAUCACCAGAUAAAACUUGUAUUCAGCAGAUCAUAUUUUAGUAUUACAACCAAUCUAUUCUGCAAUUCAAUAUUGGAUGACUAAACUUGAGUCAAAGGAAUAAUAAGUCAUAGUUGAUCUCUUUCUAUAGCACAUCGAAUAGAUUAAUGAAGAAGCCAUUUUUAAAACGAAAAUGUAACUCUGCAUCACUAUUCAAAAGUGUAGCACAAUUGUUCAAUGCAUUGAGUUCAUCCCCAUUGUCAUAGAAUCUAUUUUUGAAAUUACUUGAAUGUGCAAAGAAAUGGAAUACUUAGUAAUUAAUCAUAUCUCCCAUAAUUUCAAACAUUAAGGAAUUCUUGAAUUUAUGGACUCUCAAUGGCCCUGAAGUCUUGAAAAUAUUAAAUGCAAUCUCCGAUUUAAUCGAUCCUCAAGAGUAUAUUACUUAAUUAUUACUUGUAGUUAACAAUACGUUUUACAAAUUUCUGAAUACAUUUUGAGAAACAUCAGUACUUCAUAAGAAUAAUACAUUAAGACAUUUAUUAGCUUCCAAAAUAUCAAUGUACUUUGCUAAUUUUAAAUAUUUUAAGCAAUCCUUCUUAAAGUUAUGCGAAAUCACAUAAUGCUCUAAUUUUUAGGUUAUUGAAAAAACACAAUUGGGUUAGCUUAUAAAAUUAGUGCUUGCAGGUGAUUUGUCAGGAGCAUCAGCCUUUUUGGUGAAGGAAGAAGGUUAUUUUAAAUCAAUAAGUAUGAAUAUAAGGUGAGAUUAGAUCUAAAUGUUGAGCAAUAUUUGAAUUAGACAAGGAUAGCCAAAUUUAUUUAAUUAUCAAGUUAGAAGUAGAGUUACUCAUAUUAAGAAAUAGCUGGUGCUUUGAAUGUAUGAAAUGAAAAUUUAUUGAUUGUAGAUAAAAUUAGAAGAAGUGGAGAUUUGGGUUAUUCAUGCAAUUCAAUCUUAAAAUGUUUCAGCUUAAAUUGAUUAAUCUUAAUAAAGAAUUUUCAUCUUGUAAUGAAAUAUAAUAUGUUAGAGAUAACUUUAAAAAAUUGCUAACCAAAGAUGAUUGGUAAAACUUGCAUAAAAAAUUAUCAGCUUUGUUAACUAAGCUUAAAAAUGUUCAAACAUAAUGAGAAUGGU